CGCUCCAGUUCGGCUCACGUCGCACCGCCGCCACCGAUCGCUGCAGCCAUGAGGCUCCUCGCUGUAGCCGCGCUCGUCUGCUGCGCGGCGGCCGUCCCGCAGGGCUACGGCGGCGCCGAGACGGGCUCGGCGCCCUCCGAGCAGGCCGCCGAGGCCGCUAAGGACGCUCAGGAGGCCGCCGUGGAGGCCGCCGAGGUGGAGCCGGCAAAGGCCGCCGUCGAUACCGCCGUGCCCGCGGUGGAGACGGCGCCGUCCGCCGGCGAGACCGCGCCGGCGCCCGCCGCAGAAACCGGCGUCUCCGAAACUUCCGCCAAGUCCACGCAGUCUACUUCUGGCGGCUACGUCGAGCCAGCUGAGCCCGUAGAGCCCGCCGAGCCCGUCGAGCCCGUCGAGCCGGUCGAGCCCGUCGAGCCGGUCGAGCCCGUCGAGCCUGUCGAGCCCGUAGAGCCCGUAGAGCCAGCUGAGCCCGUCGAGCCGGUAGAGCCCGUCGAGCCCGUAGAGCCCGUCGAGCCGGUCGAGCCCAUCGAGCCCGUAGAGCCCCUAGAGCCCCUAGAGCCCGCCGAGCCCGUAGAGCCAGUCGAGCCCAUCGAGCCCGUCGAGCCCAUCGAGCCCGUCGAGCCCGUCGAGCCCGUAGAGCCCGUCGAGCCUGUUGAGCCUGCAGGCUAUUAAAGAAACACCCCCUCUUACCGAGCUGUCCCAAUAUCUGGCGCCGAUCCCAUAGACAACUGCUGGCAUUGUCCAUUUUCUUCCCCGACUACACAUACAGCCAAUGUUAGAAGCAUGUUACAUAAAUGUGGUUAGCGAGUGCUUUGUCUGACGUUAUUGUAGUGUGCUGUUGUUUUAUAUAUGUGUAUAUUGCAAUACAUAACUUGGACUUUU